AUGGAUUACAGUGAAAUGGAUCCAGUUCUGCAGUUCGACGUUGGAGACGAUGAACCACCGGAGAAAAUAACAAUCAAUUGUGCGCAAGUGAUUUUAUUGACAAGUUUUGAAAAAGCGAAAUCCGAUUCUUAUCGUCUAGUAAGAAAACUCAGUCGUCAAGAAGUGAUGAACGUCGGAAAACCAGGAAGAAAGAGACCAGACCAACUGCGUAUGAUCCGAACUGCUGACAUAAAUCACCGCUCGCCGCAGACUGCUUUCUACGAGCCUUCGUCAAAACGUGCGAGCUCAGAAAACUCCUUCUAUAAACAAGUACCAAAAGUGCAGGCUAAAAAUAUAAUCAUUCUGAUGCCAAGGGCAACCAAUCAAACGCAGCAUUACCUGGAAAUGUAUACGCCAUUGCAAAGCAACCGUGUCCUCCAUAUGCCAAUUGCAAACGAGUACCGUGUGGAUGAAUUACGGUCGAACCUAGAACGGUCGGCAGCAUCAUGGAAUCUCGAAGAGUUCACUUGGUACGACUUGGAUCCUGAGGAGAUUUUCUAUCCCAGCGCUAUCACGUUGAAACGCUUGGAAGAGAGCCUCAAAUCAAGUCCCAAGAAGCCCUUCAUACCAAGAAUUCGGUACGAUGAUCAAGGAAACAUCGUGGUGCGCUGUCCUGGACAAAAGAACUGGUCAAACUGA